AUGCCCGUCUUCAGUGCACCUUACGUUGGUUUGCCCGAUCCUGAGAAGAGAACUGUGGAAAGCAUGGAGCCUCCAAUGACCCAAAUCACUUCUCCUGAGCGUCGCAACAAAUCCUGGUACAAGAAGCUCAGUCUCAGUUCACGGAGCAUUGGCAGGAGUGAUCGUUCUUCCCGCACUUCCACUGGUCUCCUGGAAUCCCAAGCAAGAAGCGAGCAGGAAUAUCUUCUUCUCAACAAACCCCUUCCCCCACUCCCGCAACCUCCAUAUUUCGAGUACAUGUUCGCGGAUGCUGGUCUCAAAGCGAUGAUGUCCAAUGAGUCAAUGAGGUCAACGUUCGAAGCGCACGGAAAUGCACAAGCAACCAUCCAACGGGAUACCAACCAUGUCCAAAUCACAAUUCCCAGUCCCUCCAAUGGAGGUUUCAUCCUCGACACUCCCGACAUCGCCCAGUUCGCGUUCGCCCAAGCUGGUGUGGACGUGACGACCAAAGAUGUCAUUGACAGUCACUUUGCGGCUCUGGGUACAGGCCUUGAAGGACAUCUUCAUAUUGACAUGAAUGAAGAGCUGGAGAAGGAAAGGGCAACUGAAUCGUUCUUUGGCGGCGUCGAGGCCAGGGAGGGACCUAGCCCCGACCACAUUCCCGUGGUCGAUGAAGACGGCUUUGCCGAUCGACGCGAAGGUCUGGAAGAUUGGCCUCAGCUUUGGGCUCCAGACAAAGAGACUCUGGCCGACUACGAAAUCCCAGGGUCCGAGAACUUCUCAGCCCAACUCGGCAAGACUCCAAACCACGAUGAUAACGACAGUGACAAGCCUAUUCUCCAGCCCAAGUCUCAGAAGAACAAGGUCAAGGCUGCCCUUCAAGAUCCUUCUCUCCCCGACUCAUUCUACGCCGCCGAUGGUACUAUCACCGAUCCGGCUGUCCAACCUGUUCAGCGACCUCGCCCGUUGACAAUCCGGAAGAGAGUCAAGAAGAGGAAUGCUCGCGACUCAUUCGUGACCAGAUCCACUGGCAAUGAGCCGAAACCCGAUGACCGCAACAUUCAUCUUCUCUCCACGAAGAAGAUCCGCGUGGCAGAGAAGCUGGUUGAUCAAGACGCCAACAGCAGCCGCGUCGUCUCAGUGUGUGGCUCCAUCUCGGACGACAGAUCGUCCACCUUUUCCUACCACGACCGAAACCGCAACAGCUCCGGCACCGAGCUCACCGAUGUCGACGAUGACAACUCGGACGCCGCUCUGGCUCUCAAACGCAAGCGCCUCACCACCGAAUUGACCGGCUAUCCGGGCCAAUUCGAGUCCUAUGAAGCCGACUACCUGCGCGUGCGCGUCGAGCGCAGAUCGACCUUCGGCGCCCCCGUCCCCUUCACCAUGGGCGACCCGCUCCACCCCAACAAUGAGUUCACCCACACCAACUUCGUCCCCGACCCAACAUACCCGUCCAAGAACUACACCAAAGCCGACCUGGACGCGCUCCCCGUGCGGUCUCUCGCGCUCAGCCACGCCGAGGGCUGUGCCGCACACGCCGCCUCCCUCAGCUCCGUCCGCUCCGAUGCCGAGGAGACCCUGCGCCGCGAGGUGCACCGCGAGUGUGCCGCCGCGCGCCUCGAGGGCGUCUCCGUGGGCCAGUACCGGUACUACCAGGGGUUCAUGAGCUUGGAAGACUACAUCGCCGCGCGUAUCUGCGUCUGCUGGGACUUCUGCUGGUGCAGCAAACUGUGCACCAUCUACGGCGACGUCCUCUGCCCCUGCAGCGAGUGGAUCGGCGUGCACGGUGACUGAGUGGCCAUCCGGCUCUCAGAAGCCACCACAUGGUGCAGAGCCCGAGCAGCAGCACCAACAUCGCUAUCAAAGAGCGAAGCAGGAAAGAAAAGUGAGAGAAACGAGACAAAGCGUUCAUAGUCAUAGAUCCGAAUUGAAGAGCUAUCAAAUAGAGUGAAAAUGUCC